AUGAGAUUUCACAUUAUUUUAUUCAAUCAAAAAGGAGGCACCCACAUAGGUAUAUUGCCAGAAAAACAGCGAAUAGACAUGGUUCUGAUCCACGACAGGGAUGAUACUUGUGAUGAGGCUACAAUCAUUAUGAAGUGUUAUACAAAAAAGACAGGAGAUAGAAAAACUUUUUUAUAUAAAAGAAACCAUUAUAUAUGAAUACUUAACACAACUUUUACAAUGCCCUUUUAUAUGAGUCUCUGUGAAAUCGCUCAGUUUGUUAAUCUAGAAAUGCCAUUAAAUGAGCCUCCUGAUGAGAACCCUGAAGAAAAAGGCUGUUGUAUUUGGUUGGAAAAAUUUAUCAACGAUUACUUCUUUGAUGAUGAAACAGAGGAUGACUAUACAGGCCUUUUUGACAUGGACAGAAUUACUAUGUAUAAAAAUUAUAACAACCCCACCAAAUUCUUUCGUCCUGCUACACGCUCAUUCCUCGUCCACAAAAUUCUUAUAAAUAUGGACAUUUCAAAGGACUUAAAAGACUACAAUGUUUUUGAUUCCUUGGAAGAUGGUCAAGACCACUGCUGUUCUUGUGGUCGAGCUAAAACCCUGAGAGAGUUGAGUGAAGCUGAAAAUUCUGAUCAGGAGCUUCAGAAAAUCAAUCUUCCGUUUUUGAUAAUGAAGAAGGUUUACAAGGAGUCAGUUGUGCUUCACGAGGCCUCAGCGGUCGGGAAAAACAACGACGAGGAUUCAGCUGAUGAGGGGGACCCUGACCCCAGAGAGGAGGAGAGAUUAGCUGAUGACCCCCGGGCUAAGCUCAACAGGUCAUGGACUAAAUUGUUCAAGUUUCAACCUAUAUGGAGGAUUAGGAACUAUUUUGGGGAGAAGAUAGCCUUGUACUUUGCAUGGUGUGGACACUUGGUUACCUCCCUUUGGCUCCCAAUGUUGUUUGGACUUGCCAUUUUUAUCUAUGGAUUAGUCAAAAGCAUCAACAGAAGAUAUCAAUAUGAAACCAGCAAUUCAAAUGGGAAUGUUACUGGAUUACUGGAUACAAUAAAGCAGUCAUUUGAUAAUGAGGUCACUCCAUACUUUGCUAUGGUCAUCUGUAUUUGGGGGACUAUAUUUUUGGAAUUUUGGAAGCGGAAGGAGAGGAGACUGGCCUUUUUGUGGGACGUGACAGAAUAUGAAGUAAAUGAGCCUGACCGACCAGAGUUUUAUGGAACCACAACAGAAAUAAAUCCUGUGGAUGGCUUUAAGAUCCUGAAAUAUCCUGCGAGAUACCAGUUUAUGAAGUACAUUACCUCAGGUGUGACUUUGUUGUUUAUGGUGUUGGUUGUCAUGGCGAGUGUGAUGGGUGUCAUCAUUUAUCGUGUACUCGUUACUGUGGAUUAUUGUCCAGGUGUCAGUCCUGAGGAGUGCCUUUUGAGUACCACAGUUGUCUCCUCCUUACUCAACGCACUCUCUAUUUUUGUACUUGGCAAGUUUUAUGACUUUUUGGCUGUGAAGUUAACAGAUUGGGAAAACCACAGAACACAGACAAAAUAUGAUGAUUCGUUAAUCAUGAAACUGUUUGCCUUCCAAUUUGUAAAUAACUAUUCCUCCUGCUUUUACAUUGCUUUCUUCAGAGGGCGAUUUGAUGCUGAUGGUCUCGUGGGACUUGGACCACAGUUCCAGGACCAGUGUGAGGGGACCUGUAUGUCUCAGCUCUCCUUCCAAGUCCUUACAUUGAUGAUCACUAAACCACUGCCCAAGUUAUGUGCUUUGAAGAAGUGGUGGAGAAAGAGACCCUCCUGGUGCUGCCGUUGUUUUGGUGGGGAGCCACCACAGAAAAGCAGGAGAGAGGAGACAUUCCUAGAGAAACACGUCAAAAAAGAAAACCUAGGGGAUUUCACACUCGGGGAAUACACAGAAAAAAUCAUCAUCUUCGGCUUCCUUAUGUUAUUUGCUGCCUCUUUCCCAUUGGCUCCUUUGAUGGCCCUUAUUACUGGAGCCAUAGACAUCAGGAUAGAUGCUUGGAGAUUACUGUGGAUUUAUAAACGACCCAUAGCCUACAUGGCUCAGGACAUAGGUACAUGGUACACAAUCCUGAGCUUUAUGAAUUUUUGUGGUGUUGUCUCUAAUGGUUUCCUUGUGGCAUUCACUUCUAGUUGGGGAAAUUCCUUCUCCAUAACGGGACAACUCUGGAUUGUCAUCGGGUUUGAGCACAUCGCUUUGAUCAUCAUGUUUGUGUUUGCCUAUAUUGUACCUGAUACCCCAGCAGACAUCCAAUUAAAGAAGAGAAAGAAAAAGUAUAAAAUGGAGGAAGCUCUUGAUAAUUUGCAAAGAUCAAUAGAGGAAUCUAACCAAAGAGAGUAUGUGUAUGCAGACCAGGAAUGGGAAGAUGUACCAAGACAAGAACCUCACAGACGAGUCACAUACAGGUCUCCCCCCUCUGCUACGACAGCUACAGAUGUCAUCAUAGAGAGACCAAGGGAGGUGACAUAUUAUGAAUACCAAGAUGGUGGAUAUGACAACAGAGCAUAUGACAGGGAUUAUGAACCGAGGGAGUACAUUGUGACCACUCCUGUGAAGAAACUAAAGAAGAGAAAGAAGAAAAGGACCAGGAAAAAUUCAGUGGAGGACCUGUCAGAAGACAGAGAACAUGUUGACUCUGGAUACAGAAAUCCAGGGGACUACAAUGAGAACAUACCUGUGGGAAGCUCAGCAAGGGUGGUCCUCGGGGACAGGUCAGAUAUAGAUGUUUAAAAGAAGAAAAUGCAGCAAAGAAAUUAUAACCUUUCAAGUGUUUUCCAUGAAUGAUAACAACAAGAACUGUUUAGUUUCUGAUAAGGAUUUUUACGCAUUUAUUUACUUAUUUAUUUUUUUAUACUACACAUAUUUCAUCAAUCAUCACUGCUCUUUUUGCAUAUAUCUUCCACAGUUUUACCUA